AUAACUGGCUACUUAAACUUCAUCCCCAUUGUCAUGUGUAGAACAGUAGCUAGAAGAUGAGAUUGUUUAAAUGCUCUGUCUUCUCAUCUCUCGUUUAUUUUGCUCAUGUAUUACUUAUAGUUCAUUCCCAAGAGUAUCAAUCUGAUUUCAUAAAUAUAGACUGCGGAAUACCUGCAGAUUCCAACUACACGGAUAGCUAUACUGGUUUGCACUAUGUAUCAGAUUCCGGGUUCAUCGAUGCUGGCGAAAGCAAGACCAUACCACCAGCAUACAGGAGCUCAUCCCUUCAACAGCAGCUUGUGACACUGAGAAGUUUUCCCCAGGGAACGAGAAACUGUUACACUCUGAAACCUGUUCAAGGACGAGGUAACAGGUACUUCAUUCGCGCAUGGUUUUACUACAGAAACUAUGACUUAAAAGACAGACUCCCGCAGUUUGAUUUAUACCUUGGAGUUGAGAAAUGGGAUACAAUAUAUUUCAACCAAACAACUACGCGUGUACAAAAAGAGAUCAUCCAUGUUCCAACAUCGGAUUAUAUUCAUGUUUGCUUGGUGAAUACGGGACUUGGAACACCUUUUAUAUCAGCACUGGACUUGAGGUACUUCAAUAGAAGCAUGUAUACACAUGAUUUUGGAUCACUAAAGCUUUUUACACGAGUAAAUUUUGGUGAAUCAUUUGGUUAUUACAGGUACAAAGACGACAUUUAUGAUAGAUAUUGGAGAUCGAGUGACUACUUCAACAGUUCAUUACUAUAUAAUUCCGAAAAUGUGACAAGAUAUUUUGGAGUAUACAACUUACCUGCUGUAGUCAUGGAGACAGCUAUCGCACCAGAAAACACUAGCAAUCCAUUGAAACUCGAAUGGGAGCCUACUAAUAAGUCUGAUCAGUUUCUUAUCUACUUGCACUUUGCUGAGGUGCAGAAACUGCAAACCAACCAAAGCAGAGAAUUUAACAUAUAUCUGAACGGAAACCUCUGGUAUGAUGAGACUAUAACUCCAUAUGAUGUUAUUACUCUUACCGUGGAAAGUGUAGCACCUGAGAAACCAGAAUCUAAGUACGAGAUUGUGCUCCAGAAAACCAAUACGUCAACUCUUCCCCCCAUCAUAAACGCCUUGGAGCUUUAUACUGUUAGGAAAUUUCGGCAACCACAAACAGAUGAUCAAGAUGUUGGUUCCAUAGUGGACAUCAAAUCAGUUUAUAAGGUUCGAAAAGGAAACUGGCAAGGAGAUCCAUGUGCACCACAGGCUUAUGCUUGGGACGGUGUUGGAUGCAGCUAUAAUGAUUCUAUUUCGCCUAGGAUCACAUCCUUGAACUUGUCUUCAAGUGGAUUAAGCGGAAAAAUUUCUCCUUCUAUAUCCAACCUCACAAUGAUAAUAUCUUUGGAUCUGUCAAACAAUAACCUGUCCGGAGAGAUACCUGAUUUCUUAUCACAACUGACCUUCUUGAGGAAGCUAAACCUAAAAGAUAACAAGUUUACAGGUUCGGUUCCAGUGGACCUCCUUUCAAAGUCCGAAAGUGGAUUGCUGUUGCUAUGCACGGAUGCAAGUCUGGGAGGUGGAGGCACAAAUCAAUGCCCGCCUUCUUCAAGUGAAAACAGUAGUACAGCUCGGAUUGCAGCUUCAGUUGUUUCAGGUUUUGUGCUGAUCUUGAUUGCGGUGAUAGUUGUCCUGUGAAUGAUACAAAAAAAGAAAAUGACAAGGAGACCUUAGCAACAGGGUUAGCUUGUAGAGAAACGAGAAAGGAAGAACAUCUUGGAAUACUGUCAUCUAAUAUUAAACCGAUCUAUCAAGUCCUCUGGCAUGGUGAGGCAUUUCUACUAGUGCUUGUGCAGUUUGUUUCAGGAUCUUAUGGACAACAGUGCAAUUGUGUCGGUCUGGUGUUUUGCUGUUCUGUAUUUGGUUUCUGUUCAUGUUGUGUCUAUUGUGUUGGUGCCUGUAUACUUGGAUUUAUGUAUUUUAUUAGAGCA